AUGGAAUUUUUUAAAAAUAUUCUUCCAAAGUUUCAUAAUUAUAAUGAUGAUUUGGGCAAUAAAGAUGUUACAUAUGAACCAGUUAAAGAGAUUUUAGAAGGAGAAUUCGAACAUCCAACUACAACUAUUAGAGGAGAACCAAUAGAUCCAAAUAAACCAAAAAGAAUAUUUAGAUAUGCAUCAGAUAUACACUUGGAGAUGAGAAAAUUUUUACAAGUUCCAUCAAUGGAUGCAUUAAAACCUCUAUAUCAAUUUGAAAAAGAACCAAAUACCAGAUACUUUUUAGCACUCGUUGGUGAUAUUGGUAGUCCGUUUGUAAAGUCCCAAAACCUAAGAGAAUUCUUUGAACUAUGCUCGCAAGCAUACGAAUAUGUUUUCUUUGUAAUGGGUAACCAUGAAUACUACAACAAUGGCUCCUUCACAAUGGAAGAGGUUCACUCUGAGCUAAAGUCAAUGUGUAGCGAAUUUAACAAUGUCAUUUUAUUAGAGAACGAGUCAUUCCAAUUGGACGAAUAUAAAAUAGUUGGAACUACUCUAUGGAGCAAUGUUCAAAUCAAUCCUCAACACGUCGAAAGAUGUCUCAAUGACUAUAGGCUAAUUAAAACAUACGAUUUAGAGCAUAAUGACUCCAAUGGUUUAAAAAGCAGAAGAAUCAAAAUAGAAGAUACAAAUAAAUUGCACGAAAUAGCCAUUGAUUUUUUAAAAAAAGAAAUAUUCGAAGACUCAAACCCCACCAAAUCUCCAUGCAUAGUUUUAACCCAUCAUGCUCCGCAAUUUAAUGACCACAAAAGAGGUCUCUUCACAUCCCAUCCAAACUACACAGCCAAUGAUCCAAUUGGUGAAGCUUUUUCUACAAAUCUUUCAAACUUUUUGAAAAAACCUGUUGUAGCAUAUAUCUUUGGUCACACCCAUUUCUCCACCAGAUACAAAUAUAAUGGUGUUUCAAUUUUAGCAAAUCAAUAUGGUUACGAAUUUGGCGAAGAUUUACAAUCAAAUAAAUUUAAUCCCAAUCGUUAUUUUAUUUUAUAA